CGGAGUACUACAGAGUAUCAUAGGAUUUUUCCAGUAGUGCGGGCGCCGAAUCUAUCGGCUUCACUUCCACUCACUUCUACCUGGGACAGAUCAAAAUGCCAUAUAUCCUGUUUGCGGCAGCAGUGCUGCUGCUGUCGCCUUCUCUGUUUACCUCAUCCGUCCGCGCAGCACAACCCUCAGCUCCGGAACCUGUCGCGGCCCCAUUACGCGAUCUGACUUGGGGGCAACUCAACUUUCUUCAUACUACAGAUACUCAUGGCUGGCUGGCCGGUCACCUACAAGAGCCGUCUUAUGCGGCAGACUGGGGGGACUACGUCUCUUUUGCCGCCCGCAUGCGCGAGAAAGCCGAGUCCGAUGGUUCAGAUCUGCUAGUAAUUGAUACAGGGGAUCGAGUCGAGGGUAAUGGUUUAUAUGAUUCUUCGGAGCCCAAGGGCGUCUACCUUUCCGAGAUCUUACGCCACCAACAUAUUGACCUUCUGUCUUCGGGCAACCAUGAGCUGUAUAAAAGGACAACGUCUGCGGCAGAGUUCUUUACUACGAUUCCGAACUUUCGUGGUAAUUACCUAGCAUCAAAUAUCGAUAUUUUACACCCAGUACUCAAUGAAUUCGUUCCUUUGGCCCCUCGCUUCAAGAAGUUUACCACCCAGAAUCAAGGGAUUCGCAUCAUCGCCUUCGGCUUCAUAUUCAACUUCAAGAAUAAUGAUAACAACACUCAUGUUCGAUCUGUGGAGCAGACAAUCAAAGAAGAAUGGUUCCAAGAUGCCAUUAGAGACGAAGAUGUGGAUCUCUUCCUCGUCAUUGGUCAUGCCCCUGUUCGCUCCGAUGAAUACAAUGAUAUAUAUCGGGAGAUACGCGCUAUCCGAUGGGACACACCUAUUCAGUUCUUUGGAGGGCAUUACCACAUUCGAGAUUAUGUGCGGUAUGAUUCUAAAGCCUAUGGGCUAGCGAGUGGCCGAUUCAUGGAGACCAUCGGCUUCAUGUCGAUUGACGGGUUAUCCACUAGCAAACACCACUUUAAGCCCGCCCUCGCAGCGCCUAAAUUUGGUCGGAAGUAUAUCGAUAACAACUUGUUCUCAUUUUAUCACCACACCGGUCUGGACGAGACCACAUUCCCUACAGAACAUGGCCGGAACGUAUCAUUGCUUAUACAACAAUUCAGAAGCGCCCUCAAGCUGGACACAUUACACGGUUGUGCCCCAAGAGAUCUCUGGAUGUCCCGCGUCAAGUACCCCCAUAGGAACAGUAUAUAUACAUGGCUAGAGGAAGAAGUGCUCCCUGCUUCUCUGAAUGAUGAAUCUCGUACUGGAAAGCCGGCACUUGCCAUCGUGAAUACGGGAGCUAUUCGCUUUGAUAUCUUCAAGGGACCAUUCACUCAGGACACCACGUACAUUAUCUCUCCCUUUUCGAGUGGGUUUCGUUACGUCAAGGAUGUGCCUUACGACAGAGCGAAGUUCUUGGUCGAGGUACUCAAUAAACAGCCUCAAAUAAUGACUGCGCAGCGUCAACACAUAGACCUACCGACCUGGUCACUCGCCCCUCCUGAGCAAUCAAAGCCUGCAGAUGAUGCAGCCGCCCCCUUCGUCAAGAGUUCAUAUACUGGUUGGUCCGCUGCAGGUUUGCUUACCGAUCAAGCCUUGCUUUCAGUCAAUGGCUAUGCCAGGCCUGAUCUAGUCCCUGGGUAUACUACCACCGAUGAUGCCGGCACUGAUGGUGAUGAUACUGUCCAUUCCCAUCUUACCUUUUAUCGGGUUCCGAAUUGCAUUCAGUCCCUGGUAACUCCAAACGGGUCUGACGAGCUAGAAACGGUGGACCUGGUCUAUAUUGACUUUAUAGAGCCUUAUGUAGCUCUGGCGGCCAAGUUUGCGGGGCUCGAUGUUGACUUCUCGCAAGAUAGUGACGUCUACAUGCCGUCUACUAAUCUGACAAGCCUAAUCCUGAACUGGGUGAAAACGAAUUGGGCUUGUGACGACGCGUCAUCUGAAUCUGAGUAGUGUUCGUAAGUAGCAUGCAUGGCAACGAGGCCAGACUCUGUAACGCUCUUUUGUUUUCUGAGCCACGAAACCUUAGGUAGUAUAAGCUUCUAUAGAAUGUCCAGAAUCAUGACUGC